GUCCACUCCACCGUAUCUGCGCAACAACCAAUGUGCUUGCUGCCGAGCUACGAGACUUCGGUGUGUUGCGUUGUUGUCGUUGUCGUUGUCGYUGYCGUUGUCGUUGCCGUUCCCAUAGCUAGAACCGAACUUGAGAUAGAGUCCACCGAGAGAAGGGCGAAACCCUUGCAGGUUAUCCUCGCUUGACGGAAGGGGACGAUCGUCUCGUCAUAGAACAAAAGCUCCGAACGGCGGAAUCCAGCCAGGCAACGGGCAACGGGUGCCACCGACAAAGAGCAGCGCGGGCUCGAGCACCAUGGGGRUGGCGGCCGUCACAACGGCGGUGCACCGGUACUGGUUCGGUUGGGUUGUGAUUCUGUGGUCAGUCCUCGGCACCGAUGCCUUUCGUGGAUCCAGGGCCUUUCCUGCUUCUGGGCGCAAAGCGGGAACUAGGAUCGUUGUUGGCUCGACACAACCCACAAACCCCGGCGGGAGCGCUGCGGGGACAAGAGCUUCCGGCGACGAACCCGUUGGGAAUGGUGCCGCAGAAUCAUCAUCGAUUGAUACUCCUGCCUUGGAAGGGGACGACGACUCUCGUCUGAAAUGCCGGGUGCAAGGCUUUUACCCCUUUCCGACGCCUCUUCCGAAGGGACCGCUGGGAUGGAUGCUAAAAGACACCCACCAAGCCGURCUAGUGACGUCCGUCCCACCGCCGAAACGCGCACAAACACCGUGCGACAGCGGGGCCGAUCCAGGGAGAACGAACUCCCGCCCGGAGACAACGACCACCCUGCGGAUGGAUUUCAUGACCAAGGGUGGCGCAGCCCAUCCGGUGUGGUACGACGACGCGACCCGGUGGAAGGUCUUCUUCGGUGGCACCAUCGAGGGAGAGGUCCGGAUCCGGGUGCUGGGCACUCGCACGGGCACUAGCACGGGCAUCCACCGGGGUGGCGACCGGAAUCUGCCCUCCGAAAGGAUGGAGCGCCUGGUCCGGUUUGCCGAGUCGUACGACACGGGGAUGAACCUGUAUUCCAACAACUGCCGCGUCUUUGCCGCCCGGGCCGAGCGGGAGGCGGAGCGCCUCAACCACCCGGGGGGCGGGACGCACGGUGCCCUAGCGGCCGACGCGCGCUGCUGCGUGCGGAUCCUGUGGGCGGCCCUACUGCCGGCGAUCGGUCCGCUGGGCGCCGCUGCGGUGCUCCUCCAGGGAUGCCGGAGCGGGUGACGGAACCGGUGGUCCCGGGGAACGGACUCCCUUCGGCAAACCACGGACAAACGACGAAAGAAACAAAGAGCUUGCCGUGCGGUGUUUUCCCAUCACUGCACACAAAUCCAUCGCCCUGCAACACUUUUGGUACGAGGUGUGUCGAUCGAAUGAGUUGUGCCAACGCGUAAGAUAGACAUGCAUGCACUGAUAUAGUUUUCGCACUGACUGAAUAGUUUUUCGGGUUUCGGUAAUGCAGAAAUUAGAUCUGAAAAGAAGUCACUCGCGGCGAUUUUUUAUUUUAGUAUUGUCGUGUAGGAGUCAAUACUCGGGUAUAGCAAUGCGUAAAUUCUUUAAACGACGGCCCCAGUUACCCAACAUUAAAUUUUCGUCUGACCUAAAGUGUUCUUUUUUCUUCCCUACAACUCGAUUUGCACCUAGUUCCGUGGAGGGUUUUUCGUAGCGUAGCUUGGCUUUCCUUGGUGGCCUCWUCUAAAUCGGAUACUGCUGGCUGGUUUUAUGGCACACAUACAUAGAUAUUACAUGGAACGGAUAUCGGAACGACAACCCCU